GCUGGCGCCGCCCAUCCCCCCCCGAGACUGGAUCUUAGUAACGCCCAACAACUUCUUCGAGCGCGAGAACCAUCACCGUGGUCGUUGCAAUUAAGUGAGUCCCCACUUCAGAAUCAGAUCCAGAUAUAAUCACUGUGCCCUGCUCGCGUUUGGAUUUUUUUAGUUUGAUCUACUUUUCGAUAAACUGGAAGGAUGACAAGCCUGGGGUUUGUGGGUCUUGGUGCGAUGGGCUCUGCUAUGGCCCGCAAUCUCUUCGUAUCCUGUGUAAAAACAUCCCCACCCCAGAGUCAACCUGGGGAUUUUGCAACACAAACCUAGAAGUUUUGGGACUCACGCAUCACAAGUUGCAGUCCGUAGUGUAGUGCAGGUUAGCAAGGAAAAGCGCAUCACAAAUCCAUCUGCUUAUCCUGGUUACAGCAUUACAAAUCCCAAAACACGACUAGAAACGCCUCUCAUGGAGAUGCGCAUUACAAAUGUUCCUGUUAUUGCAAAUCUGCAUCACAACUCUGGGGUGGGGACGUUUUUACACUUGAUACUUCGAGCACGGCACAUUCAGGGAGGUCCACCUGUACAACCGCACCGGUGCGAAGACGCAGGAGUUGAAGCAGUUAUUGGACCAAUUGGCAUCCCUAUGCAAGGAAAAAAGUGUUUACAGCUACACAUGGUAUUGCAGAUUAGGCAAGACAAACGAGGUCUCUUAUGCCGGAUAGACUAAGGAGCCUAGUUUCAUCCGUGAGUUCCCUCAUGAUCUCUGCAUUUAAAGUUUUCUCUAUAUAUGCAGAAAAAAUCCGUGUUGCUGAUGGCGGACAGCAAGUGUGUCAAAACUGUAACACUUUUUUCUUCUGAUAAUCCCGCGAACCUCGAGUGUCCCGACGCGUCCGGAUUUUUGCGCACGAAACGCUUGACGAGCUCAUCGGAGCGUGCCAGGUUGUUGUCUUCAUGUUACAUGGAGACGGAGCUACGCAGGAGUUGAUGUUCCGUGCCCUCGACAAUUGGGAUGAUUAUGGGCGAACAAAGAUGGUGCAUGCCUUAAUGAAGCAGGAGCAGGAGCAGGACGAGGACUACGCAAUAAGCUUAAAUCGAGCAGCGUCUUCAUCAAUUGCUUCUGAGCGUAAUUAUACCGGAAGUCAACAAGAGAACGACGGGUCAGAUAAGGUCGCCGAACAUCAAGUAGAGAAUUUAUGUUCUGCGGAUUAUAGUAGAAGCCCAGGAGAUGAUGAUGUCGCUCUCGCUGCCGAUCACGCACACAACGCAAAUAAAAGCAGUUCGUCAACAUCCGCUUCGCCAGGAGUAGGUGCAGCAGCAGUAGCAGAGCAAGAAGGAAGAAAAAGGCUGGUGAGCAUGCUGCUUAUCAACUGUGCAACCGUCUCACCGGAGACAGUGGCGCGCAUCACGUCCCGGACCGCCAAGGCAAAGGACGCACAAUUUGUGAACUGUUCAGUGACCGGGCGGCCCGAGCACGCUGCAAAACGGCUGCUCUGUUCCUGGAUCUCGUCCGAAGAACCAGACGCGGCUGCGUACGUCCGGGAGAAGGUCGCGCCCUGCUUUUCGCGGCUCAGCCGAGUAGUGUCGGAUUUGGACGCGACGGCCUUAUGGAUUGCAAAAAUGUCUGGGUCUGGAAGAUUGCAACUUGUCAUGCUCUCUUUGGAUUCCUCCAAAGAAAUCUGUAUUGCAUAACCAAUAACAGGAAUCCAGUUUGUGUUACGCGGAGAGGGCAUUUCUCAUGCGGUAGAGGUAUCACAAAGCCCUCUAAAAAUCUGUGAUGCUACGGCAUGCAUCACAGACAUCAUGGCUCAUGGAAAAUAUGCAUCACAAAUCCCGGAAUCUUCCAGACCCAGACAUUUUUACAGUUGAUAGGCCUCGGCCAAGUACAAAAUCUGUACGAAUUUUCUCGUGUAUGGGCUGGGCGAGCUACUCGGCGAAUGUCUGUGUCUGUUGGACGCGGCUGGCAUCGAGCGGGACCGUUUACUGGAUUUCACGCAGGGUGGGGUGCUGCCUGGCGCAAUUACCGACGUGUACGCUGGCAAGCUAGUCAAGCGCGAGUUUCGUACGCCGCCAAUCGGGGCCGAUCUGUCGGUUGCACUGAAGGAUUUGCGACUGAUGCGGACGCUGCAGAUGGCAGAUACGGAGCGGAAUCUUGCGAACGGAAAACCCGAGCUGCCGUUACUUGACCUGAUGCUGCGGAACAUGAUCGAGCAGGAAAAAUCCGUCGUUAAACAGGCUGCCAUAGACGGGAAAAGCGCCGGCUCAGGAUUUUCCGCGGAAUCGCAGAACAAGAAUACAGCUGAACCUGAAGUAAUUCCUAGUAUCGAGUGGUGUUCUGUCCUCGAGACGAUCGAGCAACGCGUCAUCAGGGCGCCACCGGAGGAUCCUUAUUGAUACAAUUUAUUCAUCUCCAUCUUCAUUUUGUUUUCAUCAACAAGAUUCACAGCCAAACAUGGCAGCAGCAGCCUCAACGCGAGAAGAUGCACGUCCUCAAGACUGACGCACAGCAAGAAAAGAUUUUACCUACAGCUUAUGUUGCUCAAAAGAAACCUCCUCUCUUUCUGGGUUGAAGCGAGGCGGGUGCUGUGAGUGGUCAGGUUGUAAUGCGCCCAC